CACAGGCUAUGACAUAAUGGUUGACACCCUCAACAACCAAUCACAAGGACUAUACUGCCAAACACUGUAUGCCUCAGCCCAUAGCAGGCAAAUACGACGUUCUAUAUAAGCCUGACAACUCUGCACACUCUACAAUGAUGGGGGGUCUGAUGAGAGGAGUCCUGCUGUGGUCCCUGGCUCUGGGGGUCCUGGUAUCAGGACAGGAGGGCGGUCGCCCUGAGGUGGAAACACGAUAUGGUAAACUACGGGGAAAGACAAAGUCUGUGAAGGGAACAGAUAGGACUGUCCACGCCUUCUAUGGAGUCCCCUUCGCCAAACCUCCAGUUGGUUCAUUGAGAUUUGCAGCCCCGGAACCCCCCGUGGCAUGGACCUCAACCAGGGAGGCCUCAGAAUAUGCUCCAAUGUGUCUGCAGGAUCCUCACUUCAUGGAGAUGCUAAUGGAAAUGUUUAAAGUCAAGUUUACUUUAUCUUCAUUGUCUGAGGAUUGUCUAUAUCUGAAUGUCUACACUCCAGCCGAUCGUCCGAAGGGGGAGAAGUUGCCUGUCAUGGUAUUCAUACAUGGAGGAGGUCUGAUGAUGGGAGGAGCCAUGAUAUUGGACGGUUCUGCAUUGGUUGCCUAUGAAAACGUUGUAGUUGUCUCCAUCCAGUACCGGCUGGGGGUCCUCGGCUUCUUCAGCACUGGAGAUGACCGAGCUCCGGGGAACUAUGGCUUCUUGGAUCAAGUGGCCGCUCUCCGAUGGGUUCAGGAAAACAUUGCAGAUUUCGGAGGUGACCCCAACUCCGUGACUAUAUUUGGGGAGUCUGCAGGGGGAGUCAGCGUAUCUUCACUGGUGGCAUCUCCAUUAGCCAAGGGCUUAUUCCACAGAGCUAUUUCCGAGAGCGGUGUAGCCUUAAUGCCAGCUUUGAUGGCCCAGUCUACAGAAGUAGUUGUUUUUUUCAGAAACAUUGUGGCCAAUGUUUCGGGCUGUGAGGUAGACACAAUUGAGGUCUGUCUGAAGGCAAAAUCUGAAGAGGAGCUCCUGUCUCUUGUAAUUUCUAUGCAAUUUUUGGCUCUGCCUCCAACCGUCGAUGGGGUGUUCUUCCCGAAACCCGUGGAGCAGAUUCUGACUGAUAAAGAGGUGAACAGUGUCCCGUUUAUGACUGGAGUCACCAACCAAGAGUUUGGAUGGAUCCUAUUGGUGACCCUAAAUGUGACAGAAUUCCAAGAAGGCAUAAAAAGAGAGAAAGUGGAAGAACUUCUAAGGAGCCUCCCACUAAUGAGUUCAUUCUCCAGUGCCACCAGCCUCCUGAUGGAUGAAUAUAUUGGAGAGGAGACCGAUCCAGCUGAAAUCCGCAACUCUUUUCUAGAUCUAGCUGGAGACCUCGUGUUUGUCAUCCCGGCACUGAGAACGGCCAAGUAUCACAGAGAUUCCGGCCAUCCCACCUACUUCUAUGAGUUCCAGCACCGUCCUUCAAUCUUUAAGGACAGUAAGCCAGACUUUGUGAAGGCCGAUCACGGGGAUGAAUUGUUCUUUGUGAUGGGAGGUCCAUUCUUGGAGGGGGAUAUUGUAUUCUCAGAAGCCUUCAAUGAAAAAGAGAAGGCUCUGAGUAAGACUAUCAUGAAGUAUUGGGCUAACUUUGCCCGCACUGGUAAUCCCAAUGGGCCAGGCCUGGUGAACUGGCCAGAGUACGACCACGAUGAAGAUUACCUGGGGAUUAACCUGGAGCCGAGGGCGGCAAAACAGCUAAAGGCUGAGAAGUAUGAAUUCUGGACCAAGUUGCUUUCUCAGAAGAAGAUAGAAGAAAAGGAGGAGCGCACAGAGCUGUAGAUUUUUCUAAAGUAGAAGAUGAACUGUGACCAUAGUUUACCGAAAACACACCAGCCACUUAUAGGGCGGUAAGGGGGUCGCCUAUACUUCUUAGUUUAGACGCAAAAGGGAACAACCAUUUGGCCAGAAAUUCUCAGUGAGGACAUUGACUUCUAUCAAUAAUAACACUGUAAUAUCUCAAAAAAAUAAAAUAAAAUAAAAAAUUGCAAAAUUAGCUGUAUUCCAAACGUCUGGUCCCCCCCAUACAGUGGACAUUCCGAAUUACAUUCUGGUUGUAUGUAGAAUUAAUCUACAUUACGUUACUUAUACUAUAAUGGGGUCAGGUACCCUCACUAGACAACUAAAGAUUCAGGUCCGUACUAUCUAGAUCAGGGGCCUCCGUUAUGUGACCCUCCAGCUGUCACCAGUUUCAGGUUUGUAAGGAUUACAUGGAAUUAAUACGUGAUGAAUAGAAUACAUUUUUCUUACAUUUUGAUAUCAGAAUUAACUUUAGUAAUGAACCAUUAAAUGUAUGUACUGCCUGGUGUCUGAUGUUCUAUGAUCUGUGACGUAGAAGAUAAGAUGUCUCCCACGAAAGAAUACAGGGGAAGUAAAUAAAACUUAACUUUUAAUUGUAUAUUAAAAAUCAAUACACAAUAAAGUGAAUGUACUUGUGGAUACUACCCAGUUAGGCCUUUCCACCAAUGAGACGCAAAGAGUGAAGAAAGACACACUGGUAAAUCAAUAAGGUACCACGUAACAUAGUGUAUUAUGGAGAUAUAUC